CAGCACUACUUUCCAAUCUUAUACUUUAUUUGUUUACAAAAAAUUAAAAAUAAUGAAUAGCAUACGUACCGGCGAGUGGCAAAAGUUAGCUGUGAGCCUUGCGGAUCUUUCUCUAGAUACUACCUUGCGAUGCGGACAAUCGUUUCGUUGGAAGAAGCUCAACGAGGAUGAAUGGACCUGUUCACUGCGUGGCCGAGUUAUAUCUUUAAAGCAAGAUCCAAAGCAAGAUCCAAAUCAUGUGCUGUAUAAAGUUACCUGGCCUUCCAAUUCGCUCCUUGCGAAACUGUCGUCCGGCGGCAAAGGAGUCAAGGUCGAGGAUGAUUCUAUCAAAGACGAUACGGAGGCCCUCUUACGGCACUACUUCAAUCUUGAGCCAAACCUAACAGAAUUGUACGAGCGGUGGUCCAAGGCGGAUCUAAAUUUCAAGAAGAGAGCGCCGAAGUUCACGGGGGUUCGGAUUCUGAAGCAAGAUGCUUGGGAAGCUCUGGUUGGCUUCAUUUGCAGUAGCAACAACAACAUCGCACGGAUUUCACAGAUGGUUAACAGCUUAUGUUUAAGUUAUGGGCCUUUGAUCGGUCACGUUCAUGAUCAAGCCUUCCAUGACUUCCCUACUCCCGAAUCCCUCGCAGGCCCAGAGGUUGAGUCGCAAUUAAGGAAACUGGGCUUCGGUUACCGCGCAAAAUAUCUUGCAAGGACAGCAGUCAUAGUAUCUAAAGAGAAGCCGGAAAACUGGCUUAAGAGUUUAAGUAACACCGAACCCUUCGAUGAAACCGAAUGGAAAACUCUCGAGCCGGGAGGACGGCCAGGCUACCGAAAAGCUCACGAAGAACUCCUAGCUUUACAAGGUGUCGGACCUAAGGUAGCAGACUGCGUGUGCUUGAUGGGCCUUGGGUGGGGCGAAUCGGUCCCAGUGGAUACACAUGUUUGGCAGAUAGCCCAACGAGACUAUAAGUUUGGCAAAGGCAAGCACAAGAGUUUGACUAAAGCCACAUACGACGCGAUUGGGAAUCACUUUCGGUUGUUAUGGGGAGAGGAAGCUGGCUGGGCUCAUUCUGUGCUCUUUGCUGCUGAUCUGAGAACUUUCGCCAUUAGGCUUACCGAAAAGACUGAGGUGCAGGAGGAGCUGCAGAUCAAAGCUGAGACCGAGGAUGGGGUAAUCGUGCAAGCGACGAUGGUGGUAAAGAAGCGAGAGGCAAUCAAAGAAGAGACGAUCAAAGAAGAGACGAUCAAAGAAGAGACGAUCAAAGAAGAGACGAUCAAAGAAGAGACGAUCAAAGAAGAGACGAUCAAAGAAGAGACGACCGACGAUCUAAACGUGGUAUUUUCGACAACAGCCAAGCGAACUCGACGCCGAUGAGGACGCCAGGAUAUCGUGGCUGAAGCCCCACAACGAGCCGAUUAUCACAUGGUCUUAUAUCUCCCCGCGUUGAUCUGGAUACGGAGUUUUUACCAGCUGCGUCCAGUGCUCGGUGCUGGGACUUUUGUUGCUCGUUGAACUUUUCAGCCCUACUCUUUGCUUUUAGAAUGGGUACGUUCAUGCAGGGUAUUUCUCCAACGUCGGGAGAAAGAGACCGGAUGACGGGAACGGUACUAGAGCACGAGCAGAUUUGAGGAAUCUGGGUGUGCGGACGCGAAAUGUCAGAGAUGGUAGUGGAAAGUGACCGGGAACGGGGAAG